AUGGACUCAAAGCAGUUCAAGGAAGCUGCUACAUCAGCAAUCGACGAGAUCGUCAACUACUACGAGACGAUUGAGGACCGCAGAGUAGUCUCUAACGUCGAACCCGGGUACCUCAAGAAGCUCCUCCCAGAUGGACCGCCACAGGAUGGAGAGUCAUGGGGAGAUAUUCAGAAGGAUAUCGAGAGUAAGAUCGUACCAGGACUCACCCACUGGCAAUCCCCCAAUUUCAUGGCCUUCUUCCCCGCGUCCUCUUCUUUCCCCGGUAUGCUCGGCGAGCUCUACUCGGCAGCAUUCACAGCUCCAGCAUUCAACUGGAUCUGCUCUCCCGCAGUCACCGAGCUCGAAACCAUAGUCCUGGACUGGCUUGCAAAGCUCCUGAAUCUGCCAGACUGCUACCUCUCGACAAGCCACGGAGGAGGGGUAAUCCAGGGCUCGGCGUCUGAAGCUAUUGUUACAUCAAUGGUUGCUGCUCGGGACAAAUACUUGCGUGAAACAACGUCACACCUGUCAGGAGCGGAACUGGAGGAUGCGAUCGCAUACAAGAGGAGCAAGAUUGUAGCCCUGGGCAGUGAAGCGGCACAUAGCUCCACACAGAAGGCGGCGCAAAUAGCGGGGGUCAGAUACCGCUCAAUACCCGUUUCGAAAGACACCAACUUUGCUCUUACCGGUGCUGGACUAGAAGAAAUGCUGAAACAGUGCAAGGCUCAGGGAUUGGAGCCAUUCUACCUCACCACUACCUUGGGGACGACUGCUACAUGCGCCGUCGAUGAUUUUGGGUCAAUAGCGGCAACUUUGGCGAAAUAUGCUCCUCCGAACGUCACUGGCGAAAUCUGGGUACAUGUUGAUGCUGCAUAUGCUGGUGCGGCUCUUGUAUGCCCAGAGUACCAGCAUCUCACUGCUUCACUCGAGCAUUUCCACUCCUUUGACAUGAACAUGCACAAGUGGCUCCUCACAAACUUCGACGCCUCGUGUUUGUUUGUGAGAAAACGCAAAGAUCUGAUUGAUGCUCUAUCCAUCAUGCCAAGCUAUCUACGCAAUGAGUUCUCAGAAAGCGGUCUUGUCACGGAUUACCGAGACUGGCAGAUCCCGCUCGGGAGACGAUUCAGAUCAUUGAAGAUUUGGUUUGUAAUGCGAACCUAUGGUGUCAAUGGACUGCAGGCUCAUAUCAGGAAGCACGUCAAGCUUGGCGAGAUGUUCGCCGACCUGCUGAGGACGAGGGAGGACCUCUUCAAGAUUGUCACCGGACCGACUUUCGCGCUUACUGUCUUCACUAUUGUACCGAAAAUCGCGGGCAAAGAGGAGCAAGAUGCGAUUACGAAGGCGGUGUAUGAAUUGAUCAAUAAACGGGGCGAGAUAUAUAUCACUUCAAGUGUUGUGGCUGGCGAGUAUGUGAUUAGGGUGGUCAGUGCCAACCCAAUGGCGGAGGAGAAGUUCUUGAAAAAGGCGUUUGAUAUCCUGGUGGAUACUGCUGAGGAGCUGCGGGAUGGGAGGCCGAGUAGGAGGGGGGUAAACGGCGCUAUUGUGAAUGGCAAAGGCGAAGGCGUUGGAGAGGUUGCCGUUUUGAAUGGGAAUGGAGCUGCUGCGGUAUAG